UUAACGUGCGAAGUCUUCGACUUCGCACGUCACCUUUCCUUGGUGGCCGGCCACUGUCUCCUCGGUCCCGGUGGAGUUCCGGAAGAGCCUGUCCUGUUCUUGAUACUCCUCCUGCAAGAACCUCUGAGUGUGUCUCCGGAGUUUGUCUGGCUGCUUACGAAGCCUUAAACUCUCUUGUUUUAGAGCCUUUGUUUUGUCAGUAGAUUCUUGCAACUUGAUAGCCAACUCUGCCCAUUGGAUUCGCCUAAUGCGAUGAAGAACGACCAUUUUCGUGCGCUGGAGGCCUUGCCGGGCGGGCGUAGGCUUAGGGUUUAGGACGCUGUGUCCCCUCUCACUGGUUCGCGCAGUGGUCGCAUUAUAGGGGUAAUGAUUGAUUAAUUUACCGAUUCCUAUUUGAGGAGUCCUAAUGGGCUUGGAUGAAGAUUUCGUCGUUCCCUGUGUCGGACGACUCUUUUGUCCCGGAAAAACUUGGUCAGCGUGUGUUCUUCAUUUGACUGAGAGGACGAAGCCCGAGCAAUUCUAGGCCGUGGGUAGCGAUGUGCUCCACGAUGCAGUUAACACAAGAUUGUUACUUGUCGAGGUUAGAUGGCCGCAGGAAAAUAGAAGAAGCGCUCAGGUAUCUGUUUCAAGAUUUACGAGAAGUCACGCUCGAGAAGGACUCCGAGCUUUCUCAGAAUUGCAAGAGUUCCCCCGAACCAGAGAGUGGCGGUGAUGAGAUAAAGACCAAGUCUUACUUGUCCGAGAUGGAGUAUUUGCGUGUGGAGAAUCUGCGCACCGCAGGCAAUGAUUUAUACGCCAUGGGGGAUUGGAAGGGUGCCAUUGAGAUGUACUCCAAAUGCAUUUCGCUCAUGGAGCGAAUUCCCGAGGGAAUGGAACGUUACGAAUGGAGAACUCAGCUCAUGCUUCUGACCUACUCUAAUCGAGCCGAAGCCCAUUUUCGGUCGAAUUUCCUCGAGGACGCUCUGAUAGAUGCAAACAAAGCCUUGCUUAUCAACCCGAAGCAUGUCAAGACCUUGUCUCGGAAAGGGAAAAUUCUGGAAGCGCUUGAACAGUAUGAACUAGCUCGACAAUGUUUUAACGCUGCUUUGGAAGAAGCUCCAAGAGAUCUUCCCAUUCAGAGAGCAAUCGCCCGAAAUAAAGUGAGCUACCAGCAGGCCUAUCAGGGGCAGUUUGAUUUGACGAAGUACUACCUCGAUGGGAAGAAUGCGAACCCACCUCCUUGUUGUAACUUCGUGGGUCCAGUGGAGAUUCGGGCAUCCGUCGCAGCUGGCGGUCGUGGACUAUUCGCCACUCGUAAUGUCAGAGCGGGUGAUCUUCUCAUGGUCAGCAAUGCUGUUGUUAGAUCUCCCGACAAAGAGACUCUCGUCACUCAGCUCUCCAAGUUGUGUUCCGCCUCGAGGAGAUGUCUUCGCCAGGUUCAAAGCCUCUCGAGCGAGCUCCAAAUUCUGUCUCAGGAAGAUAACAAGAUACCACCGAUGGAGCUGUUCAGGCCAGGAGGAGAGUUGAAAUUGGAGAGUGCCGCCGAUGUUCAGCUGGAUCUGGUGAGAAUUCACGGUAUCGUCAAGGUAAAUGCUAUAACUGUAUGGGACUCGAGCUUGGAGAGUGAGAAGACCAGUUCCGGGACUCAGGAGCCUGAAGCUUCCGAGUCGAAGUACAGUGCGCUGUGGCUACUCCCUUCAUUUAUGAAUCACUCGUGCACCCCGAAUUGUGUCACCUAUAACCCAGGCAGGGAUAUUCUGUUCGUGUAUGCAUGUCGAGAUAUAUCUGCAGACGAGGAGCUGCACAUUGCGUACUUCGACAUCCUGAAAGACUUGGAAGCUCGGCAGGCGUCGACCUCUAACUGGCCGUUCUUUUGCAAAUGCCCCCGAUGUUCUUGGGAGUGUAGCUUCCCGAGACCGCUCAACGAGGUCAGACAGAAGCUCUUGACGGCUGUGCAAAAGGCCAAAUCCGACUGUGUAAAGUGCCUCACGGCCGAGAGACUCCGAGUCCGCAAGGAACUAGCAGGUCUCAUCCUCACUCUCGACAAAGUUGUGGAGUCCGUGGACUUGGAACCUAUGUAUAAGAACUGGAUUCGGGCCUCCAUUAUGGACGUUUAUCUCGCAAGUUCUCGGGUACUGGUGGCUGUGCUGGCGUACAUCGAACCUGGGAUCCGGAUACAGGUUUUGAAAAUCCUGGUUGAUGCAAUAACUGCAGUCGGGGGCGGAGAUGGUAUCUGUAUAGAGAUUGGGGUACUGCUAUUUGAGCAAGUUCAAGAACUAUAUGGCAAGCAGAGCAAGGAGUGUCAGAUAGCGGAAACAAAGUUGAUGGAAAUCUUCAAACUUUUUCAUGGAAAACUGACGAGGAAUGUCUUUAUGGCUUUGGUGUCUAAUUACUCUCAAUGUAUGAAGCUCUCGGAGGACUGGACUGUGGAUAACACGGAGCUAUGGCAUGUCAUGAAAGGCCUUUCUCAAGCUUUGAAUGAUCUGGAGACGUCUCUCGUGAAUAGCAUAGCCGAUUACCACCGACAUGCCGUCGAUCCUCUGACAGAAAUGGAUUAGAUUGUGCAGUUUAAUCGUUUCAUCCUGAUUUCGUCUCUUUGUAAUUAGCAAGUAGACCUUCGUAUGUCUAUCGAUUCUGUGUACAUAAAAGUAAAGAGCCAUGACAGUCGAACGCUGUAUUGAUUGAUGCUUCGUAACUGAAGGGAUUUCUGGCGAACGUCGGUCAU